GUGAAUCAAAUGUUUACACAGUUGGAAACAUUGGUCCUCAUAAGGUUAUAUCAACGAAGCUGCCUAUGGUUGGCAGGGAGUUACAAGCUAAAAUCUCUUCCGGAAAUAUGACAACGCGUUUACUAGGAGCCUUCCAAACUAUGCAGCACGUCUGUCUUGUAGGAGUAGCCGGCAGUGUUCCACAUAUCUAUGAUUUUGAGAAGCAUUCUCGUCUUGGUGAUAUCGUAGUAGGGGCCCCAACCCGGUAUGCUACUAAGUUGGGACACAAUCAUGUGCAAAAGAUCAAUCAUCCUCUUUCUGGUGACCAAAAUCGGAAAUUGUCCGAUUUAUCUGAUUACUCCGAUUCUAGGCCUCCAGAACCGAUGUAUGUAUUUUGUGAGCGCGUUGAGGCGCGCAAUGUUCCAGAAACUGGAUCAUUUGGUGAACCGAAUGGGUUACAGCAACAACAACAAUUUGAGUUUCAUGUGCGUCGCUACGGCGCUCUCGACCACACACUGCUAGCUUGCGUUGACCGUGUGUUAGAUAACUUCUUACAAUCACCAACAACCAAUUGUAUCUGGCACUCCUUCAUUCAAGAAGGCCUCAAUCUUUUAGAGAUGGAUGGAGAAUCGUCUGAUUUUAUUCGACCCCCAACUGAGACAGAUAAGCUAAAAUUAAAGGUGAUUAUCUUAAAUUGGACCUUUAUAGGUUUGUUUGUCCUUUACCUUUUGCGAAGCCGCAUUUGA